AUGGCUGCUGCUGCUGCGUUUCGAUCGAAGCCUUCAAACUACAAAGAUAAAGCAACCAUUGUGUUAUCACAGUUACGGUACUCCGCUUUCGACUACACAAACGCUGCUUCACAACACCAAACGCUAACCAUCCUCCUUCUCCAAACUCCCUUUAAUUUCAACAUUACCAUUCCACCGCAUCCGUUCAACUUACACCUCCACAAAACGUCAUGCAAAGCUCAGAUCCGAAACACCUUUUUCGAUUACAAACCACUCACAAAGGGCCGCAGACUAUCGUGCUCCACCGUUGAAGAACCUGACGGAAAUCCGAUCUGCAUCAGUUGCACCGCCGCUCAAAUCCAUGCGCAACCGUCGGUCGUUUUCCGUUGUCGCUGUUCAGAGCUCAGCCACCGCGCCUUUGUCAGAAUCCACACCCAGCCAUCAUUCGCUUCACUACAGCUCCAACAACCCACCACGAACGCCCUCUGA